AUGGAUCAUAAAGAUGAUAGAUAUUCACCAACGAGAGGUGUAGGAGGCAUGGGAUCGGGUAGAACAAUGUCAAACUAUAGCAGCACUGGAACUAGUGCUGGAUACGAUCCAAGUGCUUCGCUGCCAACUUCGUCGUAUGGAUAUGGUACGGGAGGAGGCAGUGGUUACGGUACUGGUGGUUACGGAGACAGCAGCUCAUCGUAUGGAUACGGUACGGGAAGCAGCAGCGGUGGUAGCUACGGUGGCAGCGGAUAUGCAGGUGGAAGCGGCGGAUACGGCGGCAGCGGAAGCACGGGAUACACCAGCAGCGGCAGCGGAUACGGCGGCAGCGGUGGAGGAUACGGUGGCAGCAGCGGAUACAGCAGCGGCGGCUACGGUGGCAGCAGUGGCGGCUAUGGUGGCGGCAGCGGUGGCUAUGGUGGUGGUAGCGGAGGCUAUGGAGGAGGUAGCGGAUACGGUGGCGGUGGCGGCGGUGGAGGCUACGACCGUCAUUCAAGAUACCCAUCAUCAGGUGGCGGCAGAUAUAGCAGCGGCGGCAGCAGCAGCGGCGGCGGCGGUUACCGCGACAGCAGAGACGGUGGAGGUUACCGUGGUGGCAGCAGCGGUGGUUACGGUGACAGAGACUAUCGCGGUGGUAGCAGCAGCUACCGUGGUGGUAGUCGUGGUGGUUUUGGUGGUGGAUACCGUGGAGGUGACUCUCGUUAUGGUGGUCCAUAUUCCCGUCCAAGAAGAGAAGUACAUGUUAUGAAUCAAGAGGAAAAGGAAAAGAGCAAAUGUUUAUUUGUUGGUAAUUUGCCAUACCACUAUCAAGAAAGCCAUCUUAGAGAUUUAUUCAUCAAGUUUGGCACGAUUGCAACUUUAAAUAUUGGAUUUGAUAAGCGUACUGGACACAACAGAGGUUUUGCUUUUAUUGAAUUUGAAAACAAGGCCGAUGCCGACGAAGCCUAUAAAACAUACUCAACAACCGAUGUAGACGGUAGAAAAUUAAGAUUAGACUGGGACGUUGGAUUGAACAAAAAACAAGAUCUUAAAGGUUUGUCAAAACCACCUGAUUCGAUAAACACCACAUCAUCGACUGCUAGCGACGCAUUACCAACUAGUGACCAACCCCAACUUUAA